AUGGUCAUAUUCAUGUCUUGGCCUGGAAUUGUGGGCAGUGUCUCCCCCGAUGAAGCACAGGAAGUGGAGGCAAGAAUCUGUACUGCAACCCAAUCGUUGUCCCUUCCUUGGAUACUCCUGAGGAUCGAGCUUUUCGCUACUGCUGGAUUCUGUACGCCUGAGAUACUUUUCUUGACCGUCACUGACUCGAAGUACGAAGGGUCUCACAAUAUACUGUAUCGAUGCCAGGAACUUAUACUAUCGCACAAGCGCUGUCGACAGCGCAAAGAUCAAGAGAAUCACAUGGUUAAUGCAAUGUCUAUCACAGAAAGGCUGUUUGAUCGUGGUCUGACAAAAUUGCAUGUCGAUACAGAAUCCGUCGAGCAGACCAGUUCUAAUCUGCGGCACGUCAUUGAAUGCCUCACCGAGCUUGGCAAGGAUGGAAAACACGAGUUCCAAGUCAAACACAUGGUUCUCUUGGGACAACUGAUGCGGAGACUAGAGAAACUGUAUCCUGGACUUGCACCUGGAGUUGUUCUUCCCUCUUGCCAAGCGACACUCGCCGAGGCCGUGACUGCAGUAGGAGAUUUGAUAGACUCGUCUCAAAAACUGCCCAACUUCCUGGAGAAUGGAGAGGUAGAUGUGCUGAUAGAGCUAAAGAAGGAAUUGGAAGGUCCAAAGAAUGGAAAGGAAUGA